AUGAUUGCCAAGGUGCCUACCCCUGAGCCCGAAGUUGCCAAUGGCAAGGGCAAUGGUCCCCUGUACCCAGACUACUUGCCGCAUUAUGAUCCCCUAGAGCAGGUUGUGCCAGUUGGACCUUUCGAACAUGAAGAUCCCGGCCACCGAGCUGAUCCAGCUCUGCCAAAUCUUCUUAAGAACGCCACAAAGGUUUCCGAUUUGAGCCCACACUGCGGUACAGAACUCCUAGGUGUUCAGCUGUCGGAACUUUCGAAUGCUGGUCUCGAUGAGUUGGCUCUUCUUUGCGCCAAGCGCGGAUGCUUGGUCUUCCGUAAUCAGGACUUCACAAACUUGGGAUUCGAGAAGCAAAAGCAAAUUGCAUCUUACUUUGGACCCCUACACAAGCAUGGCUGGAUGCCUCACCCUAAGAAUGGACCAGAAGAGUUUGUUAUUGUCUAUGACUCAAAAGAUGAUUUGAGAAUUCGGAAGUCAUGGGCACGGAAGAGCCCAAUCCAGUUUCACGUGGACCAAUCUCCGGAGACACAACCACCAGGUGCUACAUUUUUCUGCAUGCUGGAGUCACCAACAGGCCCUGGCGGAGACACAAUUAUCUCUAGCAUGACCCGCGCGUUCCAGCGUCUCUCUCCCUCUUUCCGCAAACGACUUGAGGGUCUGAGAGCUGUACACACUACAGCCAAGCCUAUGGAGCGGGAGCUUCGUGAUAACGGUGCGAAUGCCAACCUGCGCCGGGGUAUCACAAAGUCGAUUCACCCCGUCGUAACCGUCCACCCUGUCACAAAGGAGAAGGCCCUGUUCGUCAACUCGUCUUACACCCAAAGCAUUGUUGGAUGGGAUGAUGAUGAGUCCGAUUAUAUGCUUAAAUUCCUUUUCGACCAUAUCAACAGGGGCCAGGAUUUCUGCUGCCGAGUGCGCUAUGAGCCUGGCACCGUCGUGAUCUGGGACCAGAGAGUGACACAACACUCGCAGACUCUGGAUUAUGCACCUGGAGAUCGACGACAUGCAUUCCGCCUGACACCUCUGGCCAAUAUACCAAUUCCAAGCCUGAUCGAGGAGGAUGAUGGUGAAUGCGCGAAGGACGAGGGUCGUGUCAUGUUAAACCUGUGCUAA